AUGGUGAGGGGGGGGGGCAGUGGCGAAGGAGGGAAGGUGGUGAGGGGGGAAGUGGGGAAGGGGCGAAGGUGGCGCAGUGGGGAAGGAGCAAAGGUGGCGCAGUGGGGAAGGAGCAAAGGUGGCGCAGUGGGGAAGGAGCAAAGGUGGCGCAGUGGGGAAGGAGCAAAGGUGGCGCAGUGGGGAAGGAGCAAAGGUGGCGCAGUGGGGAAGGAGCAAAGGUGGCGCAGUGGGGAAGGAGCAAAGGUGGCGCAGUGGGGAAGGAGCAAAGGUGGCGCAGUGGGGAAGGAGCAAAGGUGGCGCAGUGGGGAAGGAGCAAAGGUGGCGCAGUGGGGAAGGAGCAAAGGUGGCGCAGUGGGGAAGGAGCAAAGGUGGCGCAGUGGGGAAGGAGCAAAGGUGGCGCAGUGGGGAAGGAGCAAAGGUGGCGCAGUGGGGAAGGAGCAAAGGUGGCACAGUGGGGAAGGAGCAAAGGUGGCACAGUGGGGAAGGAGCAAAGGUGGCGCAGUGGGGAAGGAGCAAAGGUGGCGCAGUGGGGAAGGAGCAAAGGUGGCGCAGUGGGGAAGGAGCAAAGGUGGCGCAGUGGGGAAGGAGCAAGGGUGGCGCAGUGGGGAAGGAGCAAGGGUGGCGCAGUGGGGAAGGAGCAAGGGUGGCGCAGUGGGGAAGGAGCAAGGGUGGCGCAGUGGGGAAGGAGCAAGGGAGGCGCAGUGGGGAAGGAGCAAGGGAGGCGCAGUGGGGAAGGAGCAAGGGAGGCGCAGUGGGGAAGGAGCAAGGGAGGCGCAGUGGGGAAGGAGCAAGGGAGGCGCAGUGGGGAAGGAGCAAGGGUGGCGCAGUGGGGAAGGAGCAAGGGUGGCGCAGUGGGGAAGGAGCAAGGGUGGCGCAGUGGGGAAGGAGCAAGGGUGGCGCAGUGGGGAAGGAGCAAGGGUGGCGCAGUGGGGAAGGAGCAAGGGUGGCGCAGUGGGGAAGGAGCAAGGGUGGCGCAGUGGGGAAGGAGCAAGGGUGGCGCAGUGGGGAAGGAGCAAGGGUGGCGCAGUGGGGAAGGAGCAAGGGUGGCGCAGUGGGGAAGGAGCAAGGGUGGCGCAGUGGGGAAGGAGCAAGGGUGGCGCAGUGGGGAAGGAGCAAAGGUGGCGCAGUGGGGAAGGAGCAAAGGUGGCGCAGUGGGGAAGGAGCAAAGGUGGCGCAGUGGGGAAGGAGCAAAGGUGGCGCAGUGGGGAAGGAGCAAAGGUGGCGCAGUGGGGAAGGAGCAAAGGUGGCGCAGUGGGGAAGGAGUAA